AUGGCAGCAAAUGGCAAUAUCACAAGUGAGCUCAGCCGUGCUGAUUUCGGAGAGGACUUCAUUUUUGGAAGUGCAUCGUCUGCUUACCAGAUGGAAGGUGCAGCCGAAGAAGGUGGCAGAGGCCCUAGUAUAUGGGAUAAAUUUACUGAACAAAGACCUGAUAAAGUGGUCGAUGGAAGUAAUGGAAAUGUGGCUAUUGAUCAAUAUCAUCGUUACAAGGAAGAUGUCCAAAUGAUGAAGAAAAUUGGCUUAGAUGCAUACCGAUUUUCAAUCUCCUGGCCCAGAGUACUGCCUGGCGGAAGACUAAGUGCUGGUGUGAACAAAGAAGGAAUCCGGUACUACAACGAUCUUGUUGAUGAGCUCCUAGCUAAUGGUAUCAAGCCUUUCGUGACUCUUUUCCAUUGGGAUGUACCACAAACUCUGGAAGAUGAAUACGGCGGUUUCCUCUGUCGAAGGAUAGUGGAUGACUUUCGAGAAUUUGCUGAGCUAUGUUUUUGGGAAUUCGGUGAUCGUGUGAAACAUUGGAUGACAUUGAAUGAGCCGUGGACUUUUGCCUAUAGUGGCUACACCACUGGUGGCCAUGCACCCGGUAGGGGUGUAUCCACAGCAGAACAUAUCAAAGAAGGCAAUACUGGACACAGAUGCAACCAUCUAUUUUCAGGCAUUCCUGUGGAUGGUAAUCCUGGCACAGAGCCAUACGUGGUAGCACACCAUUUGCUACUUGCUAACGCUGAAGCUGUAAAAGUGUACCGCAAAUACUUUAAGGGUCAAGAAGGGAAGAUAGGAAUAACCCUAGUGUCACAAUGGUGGGAACCUCUUAAUGAUACUCCACAGGACAAGGAAGCGGUUGAGCGGGCGGCUGAUUUUAUGUUCGGAUGGUUUAUGUCACCAAUAACCUAUGGUGACUAUCCAAAAAGGAUGAGGGAUAUUGUGAAGUCACGCCUUCCAAAAUUUUCAGAAGAAGAGAGCCAAAAUUUGAAAGGGUCUUUUGAUUUUCUUGGAUUGAAUUAUUAUACUGCUAUAUAUGCUAGUGAUGCAUCCGGGACCAAAAGUGAACUUUUAAGCUAUGCCACUGAUCAACAAGUUAAGACUCAAACGGUAGGUCCUGAUGGCAAAACAGACAUUGGCCCAAGGGCUGCCUCUAAAUGGCUAUACAUUUAUCCUCUUGGGAUUUACAAGCUCUUACAAUACGUCAAAACACAUUACAACAGUCCGCUUAUUUUCAUUACUGAAAAUGGUGUUGAUGAGGAAAAUGAUCCAGGUCUUACUGUAUCAAAAGCUCGUAUUGAUAAGACAAGGAUCAAAUAUCAUCAUGAUCAUCUGGCGUAUGUAAAACAAGCUGUGGAUGUGGAUAAAGUUAAUGUCAAAGGUUACUUUAUAUGGUCAUUGCUCGACAACUUUGAAUGGUCCGAGGGCUAUACAGCUCGUUUCGGGAUUAUUCAUGUAAACUUCAAAAAUAAAAAUGCAAGAUAUCCAAAGGAGUCAGCUUUAUGGUUCAUGAAAUUCCUCGCUAAGCGCAAUGCUGUCAAUGAUCCAUCUCCAACAGAGACAACCAAAAGGGCACUUCAAAAUGCAGGAUUAGCUGAUCAAGAAAACCCUAAGAAGAAGAUCCUCAAAACUUGA